UAUUAUUUUUGCUGCAUACCACAUUGUUUCUGCUGGCAUAGCUUUUGGUUAUUUUAUAAUUUUACUAAAGACAUUAAUAUAUUUCAGUGUAACUGGAAAUAAACUUGGGCCAAGAUAUAUUUUUUAAAUAGAUUAAUAAUAUAAUCUAUUUAUAUAUUGAAAUCUAUAAUGUAUUUAUGUAUAGUUACUGCCCAUAGAAUGUCCUGUCUUCUAAUACCUUUUAGUUGUGAAGCCUGUGCCUAACCUGAAGUGAGUUAACAUGGAGUCCAUACUAUCUACCACAUCUCAGUGUAAAGUAAAGGCCCCCAGCAGGAGCCACUGGGCGAUUCAGAGGGUCAGUAGAAGUUGACCUCAGCAAUGUUCCUCACACCUCCUCGGCCUGCGCUGCCACUCCUCCGCUCCCGCCCUGCACCAGAUGGGAAGUGUAGCCGCAUUUUUAAAGCCUGCAUGCAGGGUUACAGGCUGUUGUGCUGGCCGUGAUGCCGAAGGAAUGAAAUAUUCAUGCAGGCCCCCAAAUAAUACAAAAAAAAAACCUGAAUGGACUCCCCGGGAGAAGAACGUGCCGAUUUAUUCAACUAAGACCAGGGCUCAUUAAACUGCUGGCGGCGAGGCAGGUCACGGUGAUUUUCACUAACACUGCCCGACCCCGACUGUCUCUCUCACACAGAACUACCCAAACACCAACUCCACACACUUCAACAGGGGUUGGGGGGUGAAAAGGGCUGAAUAUAAAGUGUGUCCAAGUCACCAUCGCCGGUCUACAUGAUCUCAAGAUCUCCCAGCGGGACAGGUCUGCGCUGGUGCCGAAGCUGCUCCUCUGCAGUAAUUGACGCCCUAAUGAGUGAUUAGCUUCGGAGCGCCGUGGGCAGCAUAUGGGAGAUGUGGGUGACACUGUGUCCACCAGAGGUGCGUGGCUUGUGAGGGGUGCCAGGGGACACCAGCUGAUAGGCACAGGGCAGGAGCCAAGUUACUAAAACUGAAAUUUGUAGCCUAAUCAAUCAUCCUUCACAUGAAAACAACAUCUUCAUUUUGGCAACAACAGCUAUAACAGGAACCUGGUUAUUUAAUGGUGUAACUACCUCUUUUAUGAAUGUUUUCAUCCUGCUCUUAAAUGAUUCAUAAAUCGCCUUGAGACAACUUAUCAGUUAUCAUGGUUUCGCUGUGUAGCCAGGUGUGUCUCAGCCUUGUCUCCCACCUGUUCGUUUUAUUAUUCUUCUGCAAAUAAUCAGGGAAAGAUUGGCCUUUUUUUUUUUACUGUUUGUUUGAGCAUGCAUUUAUUUUCCAGAUCUGCCUUUCCCUCUCACAGAGAUCUGAGCCAAUAGUUAGUUUUAUGUUCAGUAAAAUACUCAAAUUCACUUUACCAUGGCUGAUGAUGGUCCGUGGUUAAUCCAAAAAGGAUUGCUGUUCACUACACACCAACAUUUAAUGUGUAGCGUAUCUUCUGUCUAUUCAAUAAGAUUAUUUUGACCACUGUAAAAAUGAUUUUUUUGGGUGGUAUCAACCAUUAGUCAUUAAAUGGGUUUACACUUUUAUCAAGGAUUUUAUAUCGUAAAUGUAAUCUUGAUUAAUGGUUGAAUUAUACCAACUUUAGCACUUUAUUUUGAUCCUAAAUCCUCAAAGAAGGUUUAAGAAUUUAACAGAAGAUGAAAUGUACUUAAUUCUCAGUCAUUGUGUGUUGUUACCAGCAGUAGAAAUGAAAAGCUGGGAUGAUUGUGUGGCUUGCAUUAUAAAUAGAACGUUUGAAAAAUUUUGCCACAAGAUUUGUGAUUGAAAACAUUUCUCUGCUGCACUAAAAAUUUGAGUUUGGGUCCAGCUUAAGGUAGUUUAGCAGCACUGCUAAUGAUAAAGUCAAACUUAUCAGCAAGUUGAGCUUCUUAAACAUCUUUAGCUGUCGUCAGGGAAAAUAUUUUCAUGCCAUCUUGACAGAAUAGAUUUCUUGACAGGCUGAACAAUGAAACGAUAUUUACUAUUUUACAAUACAAGUCAAACUGGAGAAAUUUGAUUUGACUCGCUCUUUCUCUGGUGAAUCUUCUGGAGACAUUACAAUAGAGUUAGAGGCUUUAGAUUCUCCCGUUCAAUUAUUCGUGACCUGAAGUAAGGGCAUAAACACUGGAGAUAUGUUCAUAUCAGAAAUCUCUUGAGACAUCAGUGCAAAAAUAUAAGCACGAUGUAACAAUUUGUUAUAAUGCAACUCUGUUGACAAAGCAGAUUUUAAAGUUGGUUAGAGUUUAACAUACUUAUUUUAGAACAUAUUAGCCAUUAAUCUUGCAAGAUUUCUACGCAGGAUGUUGAUUAAGCUCCAUCAAAAUAAACUGCUAGACCAAAUGUACUGGUUGAAUUAUAACAGCUUGUUUCAUCAGUGUAUUUAAAUGUAGAUCUGGUUUCAGUUCAAGCUCAAAAGUCGCUGUGCAUAACGUCAAGUCUUGGCAAGCACACUUGUAAUAUGAUCUGCAUUUAUCCAUUAAGAUUGUGUUUGCAAAGUUUACUGUCAUUCCAGUAAGAGAGACGUUACACCCAUUUCUUCCUUUAUCCAAACUUUCUAGACCUCCAGUGCCAUCCACGCUCCUGAAUGAUUAAUACUCCAGCUCCCCUCAUGUGUAAGGACAACAACAAGGUCGUGAUUGAGUUACAAAGCACAAUAGGAGAGAAAAAGUCAAGCUUUGUCUGAUUGUUCUUUGACAGGGUCAGAGGCUGCUCUCUCCUGAGACAGCAGGGCUGUCACUGGGCAGGGAGUGACAGCAAGGUGACUGAGGGGAGGCUCUAUAAAUUGGCGGCGCCGAGCAAACCUCUCCAAAGACGCGGAGAAUCCCGUGCGCAAUUCCACUGCAGUGCAUGAGCGCAGGCUGUCACUGAUGAUGACCGCAAAAGCAGAGCUUCCGGGCUGGCCAGAGUACCCCGAGGACUUCUCCCUGCUACAACAGAAAAAUCUGGCCCACCUCAGCUCCAAAACGUGGAUUUCCUCAAAUUCGGUCCGUGGCUUUUCGCGAAGGGAAGCGCACGACGCCGCAGAGGCUGGGAUUUCACUGGAGAAACUCGGGUCAGUGGGUAGACUCCACGAGUGCGCGUCCGCAGAGGCAGGCCACGCGAGGGCAUCCGAUGGAGACAAGGGGAGCGGCUUGGGGCCUCAGAGACACCGGCGCGUCGCAGCCAACGCCAGGGAGCGCAGGCGGAUGCACGGUCUGAACAAAGCCUUUGACGAACUGCGGAGCGUCAUUCCAUCGCUGGAAAACGAGAAAAAGUUAUCCAAGUACGACACCCUACAGAUGGCGCAGAUUUACAUCACUGAGCUGUCUGAGCUGCUGGCCGGCGUGGUUCAGCAGGAGUCCAGAGGCCCUCGCUCGGGGUCAGAGAAGACCUCCAGGAGGAACUUGAUUCACUCGAUCCGGCCAGACGCGGCUGCGCAGCCAGCCAUGCUGCUGACUGGAGAGGAACAGCAACAGCAGCAGAGAGACCAAUCCAUCAACCACCUGAUCAUACUCGGACCUUCAUCUGUGAUAGAGUCCAACACGUCAGAGGCGUCCUCCAGCAGCAGUGAUGGCGAAUCCUCGAAUUUCAGCGACACGGAGGACAGUCAGACUGGGAGACAGUGACAGAGAAGCAGUUUAUUUCUAACUUGGUUCCCAGAUGUUCACAUGGCAGUGAGGCAGAGCUGCUGUUUACUCCAUGGCCGUCUCUAAUAGAUCAGAUGUUGCACUGCUGGAUUUCAAAAGUGAAGAGAACUCAUUCAUUUCUCAGAGAUCCUGACUUGGUUUCCUCUUGAUGAACUAAAAGAGGCCUACAUCUGCACUUUAAGGUCCUGAACAAUAACUUUUUCCAGAGUCAGUGGUUGGAUCCUAGCUUUUAUUUUGAAAUAAAACAAGUAUUUUUCUAUUUAAGAAUAGCUAAUCUGUAUUGUAUGAGGGAUGUUUUGUUUUUGGUACAAUAAAGAUAUAAUUAAUUAAUGGGUGUGCAUUUUAAUUUAUUUAUGUAUCACUUCCAGUGAUAUGUGCACAAUUUAUACCAAAGCACAAUUAUUAAUUAUGCUGCAAAAUAAUUGAUUUAUAAAUAUACAUUCCAUGGCUAAUAAGAAGACAAUGACCCUUUCUGGUGCACAA